AUGGCUUCUGAUAUGGAUAAACGUGUCUUGCAGUGGCUUGAUGACGACAAUGAUGACUGUGUUGAUGUUCCUGACUUCUCUCGCAGUUCUAAAUCACGUGAUAGCAGUGCCUCUAACAUGAGCUCUUACUUUGUUUAUCAGGCGAGUGACCAAGACAACAAUGAGGUUUCAUACGUCGGAGGUUCAACUAACAAUGUAGUGUUGUCAUCAAAGGUAGAUGCAAUGUUCAGACCUCGAAAGGCUAUGCCAAACAUGGUAAUUCCAGCUGUAUUAGCAAAAUUGGAUAGGAGUGCUUCAGAACUAGACAUCUUUGAGAAAAUAUUUCCUCCCAGUCUUUUUAUAUUUAUCUCUCAGUGUACGAAUCAGAGACUACAAAUGAUAAAGAAAACCACAAUUCAGAGCACAGACCCUGGAGAAAUUAGGUUGGUUCUUGAGUAUUGGUCACACAAUACUUCAAUGGGAAAUGUUGCUAUAAAAAGAGCAAUUUCCAGAGAUAGGUGCAAAGUGUUACUUUCUAAACUGUACUUCAAUUUCCCUGAGAAACCAGACACAGCUGUUAAGCUUUACUACCCAGAGUCAAUAGUCGCUUGUCUGAGAAACACUUUUCAGAAAGCGAAGUCAGAAAGUACAGCACAAAGCAUUGACAGGUCUAUGGUAAAGUUCAAAGGAAGGUCAGCCUUGAAACAAUACCUUCCUAUGAAGCCAGUGAAGCAUGGGAUAAAGAUAUGGAUGAGGAGUGAUUCUGUAACAGGCUACACAUAUGACUUCAACAUAUAUUGUGGAAAGGAUGCAAAUAAUUUGGAUGGCACAUUGGGUGAGCAUGUAGUUCUGCAGCUCUCAAAAACAAUUAGAGACACUAAUGUAAUGUUGUCAUUUGAUAGAUUUUUUACAUCAAUUCAUUUGAUGGAUACCUUGCCAUUUGCAGCUGUUGGUACAUUGAACAGAAAAGCAAAAGAUGGAUCUAAAUUGGUUGUAGAAUGUCUAGUGGCACUGAAAACUUAUAACGAGUAUAUGGGUGGCGUGGACUUGGCUGAUCAGAUGAGUACACUGUAUGAUUUAGACAGAAAAUCUGAUAAAUGGUGGAAGAAAGUGUCCUACAAACUGUUGCUAACUAUUGUUGUAAAUGCCUGGAUUUUACAAAAGGAAAUUCAACACAAGACAGUGCCACUAAAACAUUUUCUAGUCAACCUAGCAGAGCAGAUGAUUGCCAAGGGACAAAAGACUGCCAAGGUACAGUGGAAAUACUCAGCUGGGCGUCCUUCUAAGAGAGCAAGAGCAACAACAAGGAAACAAGAACAAAAUCUACCUGCAAAAUGUGCCAGCAUCCAUAAUGCAAAAAGUGCUUUGGAACAUAUCAUAUGUGAUUAUAAUAAAUCAGACAUGUUAACUCCUAUUGGGUACUGGUGGGACAACAUUUGUCCCACUCAGGUUAAUGGAUAA